GUCUUGCGUUGGGACUGCCCAAAGUGGGCUACCAGGAAAGCGGGGCUUCUCUGUCAGGCAGCCCUGCUCCGCAGAUACGGGGUGGGUUAGACCCCAGGGCAGGGCCUUGAGCCUCUCAGGGGGACCGAAACCCCUGCUGGAGCAGUCAGCAGCAGCCGCUGGCUCAUCAGUCCGCCCGUCACCAGGAGCCUGACUGAAUUUAGCCUGCCACCAAAUUCUGCCAAAGAAAUACACCAUCCCAAGUGUGCUGAGGACAAAGGAUUUCCUGGAGCCCUUGGAACAGGAGCCAAAGUUAUUCAUCAUCUCAUCCCUUCUGAACCACACAGCUCUGAUGUGAGAGCCAGCUGCGGCAAAGGUCCUAGCACCUCCUCUUCCUGAGGACUGCCGGCUGCUACAGAUGGCAGUACCACUGCUGCAGCUGGCACCUGCCAGGCUGCUCUAUUCCUCUUGUUCCUUGGAGAAGACUCUGCAGUGCAGCUGUUCUUUCCAUGGGAUCCCCACACCCUCUGUGCAGUGGUUGAUGGACAGUGUCCCUGUAGGUGUGAACAACACAGAUGGCAGACUCCAGGUGACUUCCAUCUUAAUUGCCCCCUGGGCCAACAGCACCAUCAGUUUGACAGAGCAGCCAAAAAUGAGCACAAGCCUUCUCUGUAAAGGGAAGAACCAAAAUGGAACCCAUGCUUUGAGCAUCCUACUGAUGCCAAGAAAGAGCUCUUUCCUUCCCACGAUGUUCAUGAAAGGGCUGAUCCAGGGCGUUGUCUAUGGAGCCAUUACAACUGCAGUGCUGUUCCUUUGCCUCAUCCCACUCAUAAUGAAACCUAUCAGAAUGAAGCUGGCAAAGAAAAUUACAGCCGUCAAAGUAGAAAAGAGCCCUAAAGUCAGAGCAAGCCAAGAAUCCAAGAUGUCUCUGAAGCCUAAGGAACAAGAAAAACCCACAAUCACCCCAAUUUCAGAGAACUGGAUAUUGGUGGGUAUCCAUUGUGUCUGGAAUCUUCUCUAUCAGAAUAGUGGCAAUAAGACUCACAAAGAGAAACACAGACAGUGUUUAAAGGAAUUAUCAUCCUCAAUCCUAUAGGGCAUCUAGAAUGCCAGAAUGUGCUGGCAGACCACUUAUGGAUGAUGAAGCUAAGGCCCAAAGAAGGGAAGAUGAAAAUUAAGACAAAGACUAAUUCAAAUCAGCAAUGUACACACACACACACACACACACACACACACACACCCCUUCACACUGAAUCCACACUGAGAAGGUUGAAAGAGCCCCUAAGAGUGGUUGUGGCAUCAGAGUGGAAACUAAAGGCUUUGGUCUCUGAGUGCCUGGCAGACUGGUCAACACAGUCUGUAGAUGCCACAGGCCCAAGUUAGGCUGAAGUGCUUGAAAACUAUGCCAAAGCCAAGGUACUCCUUCAUUUACUUUGGACCCCACAUCCUCAGCAGGGCUUGGAAGAGACAGGCCUCAGUAUUAUUUACAAUUUAUAAUUCUCUAGGACUAGAAAUGCCCUGCUGCCCUCCUUACACACUGUGCUAGGAUAUGGUAUUCCUUCGUGGAUAAACCAUACAUCUGUUAAAUUCUACCAAAGUGUCCUGCAGUAUCUCCUACCUUCCAUGCUGGGCAAUGCUGGGGUGUUGGAAAUGGAUGAGACUCAAGCCCUGUCCUCAGAGAGCAAUCAGGCCGGUGGGAAGGCAGCCUUAAAGUAACUGGGCUGAGAUGGAGUUAUGGUUGCCCGGAGGUCUGGGCUCCUGGUGCCGGGAAUGCACACAGAGAACCAGCAGGAGAAGACAGGGUCACAGACUCCAAUCAUGAGAUUCUGAGAAAAGGUGAAACCAAUGUCUGCUCCACAUUGCCUUAAUUCUGUACUUAAAGAGAGAGACAAGAUUCUUUCCUUUUAAGAUUUGAAUACCUCACCUCUAGACCUAUUCCAAUAUCUUCUUUCUUUGCCCCUGCUCUGUAGCAUCCCUUACCCUAACCUUCCAGAAAAAGCAAGAUAAACUGGAACUGAUAAAGCCUGUGAAAACUACAUGCCUACCUGGAGUCCCCUGUCUGUGGAAUUACUAAAGUCCACAGAAUCCUCAGCAACCCCAGAAAUCCUGGAGUCUAUUAGUCCCUGGAGUCUCCUCAGCUCACAAGCUCCCUCAAGCCCCAUCUGUCCCUCACACUGAUGCUCCAUUGAAUAGGGUUACUCUGGGACCUGGUCUUAGAACCUUUCAAAGAAAAUUCUAUGAUCUGUCAUUCGGGUUAACUAGAAGAAAUAUGCCCUGGCCUGGAAUGGUGUCAAAGGAAGGCAAAAUAAAUGUGAGACUAUAAUCCACCAAGAAGUAGCUUUUGAACCCCUACAGUAUGCUCAGAACCUGGAAUAUACAUAUAACAGCACCAGACUUUAGAACCAUCAUAUAUAGAUUGAGUACCAACUUCAGUGCUUAGUGGCUGUAUACCUUUGGAUAAGACCUUUCACCACUGCCCUGAGGCAUACGUGGGUGGGGAGUGAAUUAAAAGUGGUGUCCAGAGGUGCAGGUGGAGAAAAGACACAAAGACAGUCCCUGAAUGCCAAGAUAAAGCAUUGAAGUUUUAUCUUCUACAAUCUUAAUCCUGAUUCCCUUAGAAUAUAAAUUCCACAAGAACCGGGAUCUUGUCUGUCUUGUUUUCUGCUUAUACCACCAACACCUAGAAUGGUACCUAGAAUAUAAGACUCUCAAAAAUGUUUGUUGAUAAGGAGGGCAUGUGAUAUGAUGUGAUAAGCAUUGGGUGUUAUAUGUUGGCAAAUUGAAUUGAAACUUAAAAAAUAAAAACCGUAUUAGAAUAAUA